AUGGCUUUUGCUGCCUCCCUGGCUGACCUCCAAGUACAGGCCACCUGCCCUAUCUGUCUGGAUUACCUGAGAGAUCCAGUGACCAUUGGUUGUGGCCACAACUUCUGUCAUCCCUGCAUCCAACAGUGCUGGGAAGAGCUACAGGACUUCUUCCCAUGUCCCAUCUGCCUGCACCACUGCCUUGACCGGAACUUCAGGCGGAACACCCAACUGUGUCACAUGACUGAUAUUGUGAAGCGACUUCCAAUAAUGAGGAGCAAGAGGAAACUCAAGGAAAAGAAACUUCUAUGUGAGAAGCACCACCAGAUCCUAGCCCUGUUCUGUGAGAAGGACUUGGAGCUGCUCUGUCUACAAUGCAGGAUCUCCCCCAACCACUUGGGUCACCACCUAAUGUCUAUUGAGCAAGCUGCAACUAGUCACAGAAGGAAGCUCAAAAGCUACAUUGAACCUCUGAGAAAGAAGUUUGAGGAAGCUCAAAGGAGAUUUGAAAUGCAAGUUUCAAAACUAUUAGAAUUGAAGUUCAAGGUUGAAAAUCAAAAGAGUGAAUUAUACUCAGAAUUUGAACAUUUUUUAAAUUUCUUGGAAAAGGAACAAGGAGCAAGUCAUAAUAGAAUACUAAAUGAAGAGAAGG